GUGCUCACGUCCAUCGCCAUCGCCGAGUCGUCGCUGUCCUUCCUCGGCGGCCUCUUCGUCGUCUUCAGCUUCGGAUUCUUCCCGACGCUGCGGUCCAAGUUCGCCUUCGAGCAGGUCGCGAUGAUGGCGCUCGCGGACAUGGGAGCGGCGCUCACGUACUGGUUCGGCAGCCCGCGCGACCGGAGCGGCCUCUGCACGUCGCAGGCCGUGCUCCAGCAGUUCUUCGAGCUGUCGUCCGUGCUCUGGGCGACGGUCAUCUCGACGACGCUCCACCUCGCGAUGCGGCGCGUCGAGAUCGACGAACGACGGCGGCGCCGCGCCGCGUACGCGUUCACCUGGGGCGCGUCGGCUGUGUUCGCGCUCCUACCGUUAUCGACGUCGUCCUACGGCGCGUCGGGCGCCUGGUGCUGGAUCCGGCCGAGGCCGCGGCUGCCGUCCGCGGCCUGGCGCUUCUCCAUCUUCUACGUGCCCGUCUGGAUCGCGAUCGCCUACAACGGCGCGGUCUACGCGAACUGCGCGUGGGUCCUCGAGCGGCUCCGGUCCGUCGCCGACGACGCCGCGGGCGAGAAGCUCCGGGGCACGAUCCAUCGCUUGGCGCGCUACCCGCUGAUCUUGGUGGCCUGCUGGAGCUGCGCGACGAUCAAUCGCUUGCAGCAGAUCUUCGCGCCGGACCGGCCCGUCUUCGGCCUCUACGUCGCGACGGUGGUCACGCGGUCCAUGCUCGGCUUCCUCAACGCGCUGGCCUUUGGGGCCACGGCGAACGUGCGC